AUGACGGACCCCGCGAAUCCCAGCGAGGGUGGCCCAAAACAGCCUGCCGCCUUCGCAAGCGCAAGACACCCGGGUCACGAGCAGCUGCCUUUCGUCACGCCCUCCACAUACCUGCACCUGCGCGCUCCAGUCGCUCAAAGGCCCACGGCCAGCAGUCACAGUCGCACAGAUUUCUCCUUGGCAGCCGAGAUGACGAGCGCCGACAGAGAGCAGAUGCAGGGACUGAGGGCUAUACGCGAAUUCCUCAAGGUCCGAACCAGUUACGACGUCCUGCCCCUAUCCUUUCGACUCAUCGUUCUCGACAAUGACCUCCUUAUUCGUACGAGUGUGAACAUCCUCAUGCAAAACAACAUUGUGUCCGCUCCGCUAUGGGACUCGAAGACGUCGACCUUUGCGGGCCUGCUUACGAGCACAGACUACAUCAACGUCAUCCAAUACUAUCUCCAAAAUCCCGAGAGGUUCGAGGAUGUGGAUCGACUCCGUCUAAGUAGCUUGCGAGAGGUUGAGAAGGCCAUUGGUGUCACGCCCCUCGAGACCGUGUCAUUCCACCCAGGCCGGCCCCUCUAUGAAGCCUGUCGGAAAAUGCUGCAAACCCGAGCGCGCAGAAUACCCCUUGUCGACAUCGACGACGAGACAGGCAGGGAGAGUGUGGUCAGCGUCAUCACGCAAUACCGAAUACUGAAGUUCAUCGCCGUGAACAACGAGAAGAACACGAUGCUCCUGAAGAAGACCGUGCGGGAGCUCAAUCUCGGAUCGUAUGAUGAUUUAGCGACGGCAAGCAUGACCAGCUCAGUCCUCGACGUGAUCUCGCUCAUGGUCAAAUACAACAUCUCGGCGGUUCCGAUAGUGGAUACCGAGAACACCGUUAUCAAUGUGUUCGAAGCCAUCGACGUCAUCCCCUGCAUCAGAGGCGGCGCCUAUGAUGAGUUGUCGGGCACAGUUGGGGACGCGUUGUGCAAGCGGUCGGAUGACUUCCAGGGCAUUUACACUUGCACGGAAGAGGAUCGUCUUGAUUCGAUAUUUGACACGGUUCGGAAAUCCAGAGUGCAUCGAUUAAUCGUGGUGGACGACGAAAGCAAGCUCAGGGGCAUCAUUUCCCUCUCCGACAUCCUGAAGUAUGUCCUGAUCCACGGGGAAGAAGAACACAUGCAACAAGCAUGA